ACAGAUGAUGACAGGCUUUCGCAGGGGAUGUAUAAUCACUCAGCCUCCUGGUUAUUUACUCGCGUGGAGCAUAAACAGUCUUUGUCGGUGUCACCGCUGAACGGCGGAGUCUCCGGUCGCAGCGCGCCGCGGGAUUGGACGCUGCCUCCGCUCGCUACCAGGGGCGUGGAGCCGAGCGGCUGGAUGGGGAGCGCGUUCGCUCGGCCUCACCGCUCUUGGCGUCAGAUGAGAUCUCGUCCGGCUCCGUCCGUGUCGUCAGAGGCCUCCGCUGCCGAGCUGCGUCACCGAGCGGCAGGUCUUCAUCUGUGAAUCCGCCUGACGGGGACUCGAGCCAUGGCACGAAUGACCUGGAAGCCCAAGUGAGCGAGCCGCCGCGGCGCCAUGGACGCGGACGCUGCUGCCCACACGGAGACGGAGGCGCAGCCGCGCCCGAAGCGUCCGUCCGAGGCCACGGGGGAAGCGAGCCCCGACGCUGCGGUGAAAGGCGGCAGUGACCCCAGCGCCUACCCGUCAUCCAGCUACCAGCGGAGCGUGCGCCAGAGGUUCAUCAGAAGAAGCCUGUGGUUCUCCGAUACAGAGGAGCAAGCGUUCGACGCCCCCGAGUGCGAAAGCGGGACUAAGAUCCUCAACAUAAACCUCCGAACAGUUGUGGACAGGACGAGGGGCGCGAGUGGUGGGGUCCGGGAGGGUUCCGGCACCGAGAGCCGGGGCGAGCAGAGGGCCGGUGCUGAGGCAGGGGAGACGGAGAAGGGUCCAGAUGCACCGACGGCGCCGGGCGGCGACGGGGCCAAAGCCGCCAUCAAGGCAGCGAGCGAGGAGAACGAGGAGGAGGCGGAGAUGAAGGCAGUGUCCACGUCUCCAGGAGGAAGGUUCCUCAAAUUCGACAUUGAGCUGGGAAGAGGCUCCUUCAAGACGGUGUACAAGGGCCUGGACACGGAGACGUGGGUGGAGGUCGCCUGGUGCGAGCUGCAGGAUCGUAAGCUGUCAAAAGUGGAACGUCAGCGCUUUAAGGAGGAAGCAGAGAUGUUGAAGGGUCUCCAACAUCCCAACAUUGUUCGUUUCUAUGAUUUCUGGGAGUCACCCCUUAAAGGGAAGAAGUGUAUUGUUCUAGUGACAGAGCUCAUGACUUCAGGAACAUUAAAAACCUAUCUUAAACGUUUCAAGGUCAUGAAGCCCAAAGUUCUAAGGAGCUGGUGCAGACAAAUCCUGAAAGGCCUCCACUUUCUCCACACCAGGACCCCUCCCAUCAUCCACAGGGACCUCAAGUGUGAUAACAUCUUCAUCACUGGACCAACAGGAUCUGUCAAGAUUGGUGAUUUGGGACUAGCAACACUCAAAGCUGCUUCUUUUGCAAAGAGUGUCAUAGGGACCCCAGAGUUCAUGGCCCCAGAGAUGUAUGAGGAGCACUAUGAUGAAGCUGUGGACGUCUAUGCCUUUGGCAUGUGUAUGCUGGAGAUGGCCACCUCAGAAUACCCGUACUCUGAGUGCCAGAACGCUGCCCAGAUUUACCGCAAAGUCACAAGCGGAGUGAAGCCAGCCAGUUACAACAAGGUCAUGGAUCCUGAAAUCAAGGAGAUUAUUGGGGAAUGUAUCUGCCAAAAGAAAGAGGAGCGGUACACAAUCAAAGAUCUGUUAAACCACGCUUUCUUUGCUGAGGACACCGGUGUGAGAGUGGAACUGGCUGAGGAGGAUGAUGGAAAAAAGGCCUCAAUAGCCCUCAAGCUGUGGGUGGAGGACCACAAGAAGUUAAAAGGGAAGUACAAAGAAAGCGGCGCCAUCGAGUUCACUUUUGACCUGGAAAAGGAGGUUCCAGAGGUUGUGGCUCAAGAGAUGGUGGAGUCUGGCUUUUUCCACGAGAGUGAUGUUAAGACUGUUGGAAAGUCGAUCAGGGACCGUGUGGCACUGAUCAAAUGGAGAAGAGAGAGAACGGUGUCUGCUGCAGUGGACCGGGGCGAAGGAGAGCACAGAGUCCAGGUGACGUCGUCUCAGGGCAUCUCUGCUGGAGCUGCACGCGUAGGACAGCCCCCUUUGUUGGAGCCAGAGGAGCCAGAGGCAGACCAGCACAACAGGCCGCAUAACCUUCCAGCCAGCGCCACCUCAGUAACAUCAGACAGCACACUGGACAGUGGCAUGGGCUCCACCGUCUACUCUGACUCCCACAGCAGCCAGCAGAGUGUCCUCUAUCAGUCCCUGUUGGAGCCUAUUACGAUGGCAGCGCAGCAGCGCCACAGCAGUAGAACUUUUCUGAGAGAUCAGCCUCACUCUUGUGGAAAGGGUGAAGUAUGGGGGGCAUCCCUGAGCCCAGAGCUGAGGAUUUGUUUGGGAGCUGCAGCCAGGAGAGGCAGUGCCCCUGCUAUUGACACGCAGCACAUCACUCAGCUUCAGUCCCUCAUUCAGGCUCAAAAGUCAGUCACCCGCACCUUCGUAGCUGCUGUCGGCCCCACUGAGCGUUACUCUGAGGUUGAAGAUGGCUUCCCAGGUCAGAGUGCUCUGUCAGUGCCCCAGGCCUCCACUAUCGCUGCACCUUCUGAGUAUCGCCGCCUCAGCGAUACCAGUGUCCAGCGUUUACAGACUGGUGAAAACUCAGCUGUGCCUUUACAAAGCGGACGCAGACAUUCUGACCUCAGCAGUCUUCUGAGCCUGACCUCUCAUAAGCAUCGAACCCGCCUGUGCCAGGCCUGCCUCUCUUUGUCUCUCUUGAAGACACAAGAAGGGGGCUUCUGCCACCCUUGUGUUGUGAUUCCAGCCUGCAGCUGUUCGUGUGACUUUAAACGCCAGCCGUCCUCUGGUGGACCAGGAACCACCCUCGGUUACGGGCGACCGAAAGGUGCAAGUGAUUGCUCUGAUUUCUCACUGCUGCAGAGGUCUCUGUUCAAUAUAAUCAGCCGCAAAGCAGCACCUUGUCACAUCACCCCCACUCAGCCCGUGCUGCUGCACCCCUCGCCUGCCAAAGGACUUGCCUGCAGUGAUGCAGAGGGCAGCCUGAGGACUCACCUCCUGGGCGGCGGCUCAGUUGGGGAAGAAGAAGCCGUCCAUGGCUGUGAGAAUAGAUUCUUUGCUGAGGAAAAGGAAGUUACCAGGACUGUGGGAGUGACUAGUUCUUCUGGUUACCAGACGCAGCCAUCUGUCCAUGGCCUGCCUCCAUCCAGCACAGCGGUGCACCCACCUCUGCACUGCCUCCAGCCUGGACAGAGUUACACUGCUCCGUAUGUUGGUCAAACCAGUGCACCAACGCCAGCUCCAGCGAGUCUGUGUUCGGUCAACCUCCAGCACGCAGGCACCGCUGCUGCUAGUUACAAACCAAGUCUCCAGGCUCAAAAUGCUACAGGCGUUGCAGUGUCAGUCGUGCCACAGCACGCUGCCCAGAGCUACCCAGCAGCAGGCGUCCACCUCCAGCCACAAACCUUAGCUGCUGACUCUUUGAGCUUUCCCCUGCAAAUCCAACAAACACAGAACUUUGUGGCCCAAACUGAACAACAUGCUCAUUCGGCGUUAGGAUACACUAUUCCAGCAGCAGCAACCAACCUGCCCACACAGCAGCUAGCACAAAGCUUCACCCAGGCUUCUGUUACCCCAGCAGUGGGAGCCUCCACCCAGAGUCACUCUGUACAAGCUGCUAGUGCGCUGCAGCAGGUCCAGUCCACAGUCAAACUGCCAAAUCAGCAGCCUGUCCAGAGCACCUUAACACCAGCACUUUACAGCCAACAGACCCCUCACCAAGAGCACCAACAGCUGCUACUGCAAAACACACAGCCCAGCACACAACUAACACAGCAGGCUGGGCAGGCCGGCAUUCACCCUGGCCAAGCAACGGGACCUCUCAUACACCAACAAGUGGCACAAGAGCUUGUGAGUCUUCAGUCUUUUAGUCAACAACAAGCUCUAGAGCAGCAAGGUCAGACAGCCAUACAACAAAGCCAGGAUGCAUCCCAGGCUACAGCUCUGCCCGCUCAGACUGCCUCUGUGUCUCAAGCCACAAAAGCCCCAGUUGUUGCACCUGCUCUGGGUCUGACUGAUGCUGCACCUGAACCCUGCGCAUGUUGUGUCGUCAGUGCACCGAGGCCACAGACGGCUUCAGCUCCGAGUCAGUACCAGCCUGCACAGGGUUCUGCUGUUUCCCAGGUGUAUGGAGGAGCCAACCAAGUGGUGACUCCACAGAGCCUUCCAGUGCCUGUCCAGCAAAGCCAGUCUGCACACGUCGCUCAGCAGAGUAUUCCUGCUUGUCGAAGAAUUUCCCAGCUGGGACGAGAUGGACAGGAUCAUGUGCAGAUUCUCCCUGCCUCGAGUCAGGCUACUGUCCACCAGCAACUUCAACCAUUACAGAUUUCAUCAUCUUUACCAUCAUCCCAGUGCCCCACAGUCCAGGUGAUGGCAGCUGUGACUGACUGUGAAUCCUCUUACUCUCACUCUUGCACUGCUCUUCACCCUUCGACCUCCUCUUGUCUUAGCCACAGUUUUCUUUCCACUGGGCAGUCUGCCCCUUUAACACAGUCUGUCUCCCCCGUUUCCCCUCUUCACAUGGAAAAUGCCUUGGUUUCUCCAGUCCCUGUUUCCCUCAUUCCUUCACCCUCACCUGCACUGGAUAACGUGGGGCUAACAUCCCCAGAGCCCCAGUCUAGUGUUAGAUGUGAAGCUGCUCAUCCACAACCUUCAUUCAUGUCCUCAUUACCCACCAUGCACACAAACACCGGCCCAUCUCAAAACACACACCCUCCCACAAACGGCAGCACUCAGCCUCUGAUGCAGAUUCCCCAACUCAGCCACCCAGAGCUUGUCCCCACUGCUCAGCCCGUCCAACCUGCAGUCUUCUCCUCCUCUGUGCCGCAUGGGGUAGACCCUGGCACAGCCUCUACUGCUGGCCAGCUGGACAGUAGUGCCUGCCAGCUACCUCUGCAGGCACAAGCGCUAAGUCAGAGCCAAAUUCCUGUUUUGCAGCUUUUUGACUCUCAGAAAGCAUUGUUUGGGUCUGCCAGCCCCAGUUUGACUCAGCAGAAACAACUGUGUACUCUUAUUGGGGCCCCAGGUCCAACAGAGACCAAAACAGAGGAUCAAGCUGCAGAGACACACACUGCAGGACAGAGCUACGACAGUGUCAACUCAGACGCAACGUCAGGGAAGGAGCUGAGUGACGGUUGUGAAGGAACCCAUGGAGGGAAAGUCCGCAAACAUCAUCGUAGGUCCUCACGCACUCGUUCUCGCCAAGAGAAGAUGAGCAGGCCGAAGCUCACCAUGCUCAAUGUGUGUAACACUGGGGAUAAGAUGGUUGAGUGUCAGCUGGAAACUCAUAACCAUAAAAUGGUCACAUUUAAGUUUGACCUGGAUGGAGACGCACCAGAGGAGAUUGCUACUUACAUGGUGGAGAAUGAUUUCAUUCUGCCUCUGGAAAAAGAGGGCUUCAUUGAACAGCUGAAGGACAUCGUGGACAAGGCUGAAGACAUGCUGAGUGAAGACACAGAGGGUGAGAGGAACUCUGACCACGGGGUUAGUCCCAAACACAGCGAAGCUGAUGGCACAUCAGGAACUGAGGCCUUCGCACUGAACACACCACAGAUGGUGUACCAACAAAAUGUUCUGCACACUGGCAAGCGCUGGUUUAUCAUCUGCCCUGUGGCUGAGACCCCCAUACUGGACAAAGAGAAGGCUGCGUCUCACAUCUCCACUGCCCAGGAAUCUGAAACAUCAUUGAGACCCAACAGCAACGCAACCACAGUGACUACUCCAUCUGUAUCCUCCUCAUCGUCCUCUCUGCCUCCAGUAGCUCAGAGCUCAGUCCAACCUAAAGACCAGUACACGGGCAAAGCCCGCGUGCAGCAGCCUCAGCCCUGCGUAACAAAGCAUGCUCUAAAUGCUGCUGGUGUUAACCCUCACAAUGCGCUUGCUAUCGAAGAACCCUGCAUCUCAGCGGUCUCCAUGGUGACAGAUAUGCCAUGCUGCGCUAUUGUGCCACCCGUCUCUCUAGAUGUGAAUGCUAUUGAUAAAGGAGCAGCUAGUGGUCUGGUCUCUUCUCAAGCUAAUCAGCCCAAUCAGAAAGCUAGUCCUACUGGAGAAGUGCCCUCUCAGUUGGCCUCGCACGCGUCUGUGGUCCUACAGCAACCUUAUGCCAUGCCCAUGCAGCCUGGGACGAUGACCUCCCAGCCCCAGAGUCCAGCCCACCAAAACUCGCAGGCAUCAGGCCAACCGCAGCCAGGAGAGUCGGACAGCGAGGGUCCCCGCAGGGUGGAGUUUGUGGAUCGCACCAUCAAGACUUUGGAUGAGAAGCUGAGGAACCUGUUGUACCAGGAGCAUGCUCCCUCCCAGGCGUCUAGCACUGCGUCAGACCCAGGGGCCUCCAGCACCGAGGGAGUGAGCUCCCCUCCAGUCUCAGAUGGCCAGAUCACUGAGGGAGCAUUGACAAAGAAGAAGGGGGAACCACUGCCUCAGAUUCCUGAGUGCACAGACAGCGUGGGUGCGCUAAGUGAUUCUGCAGGAGCAGACACUAACCGGUUGUUGAAAGGUAAAGAUGUAACUGCCGGCUCCACCUCAUACAGCUCCAAAAGCCGCUUUCAAGUCAUUGCCACACCACUGGAUGUCAUGUGCUGUUCAGACAAAGGCAGCGCCUGCAGUUCUCCAGCUCCCUCUGGUGGUUCAGCGGGGUCCCAUCAGAUACAGGUCAUGUCCAGGAAGGAAAAGAGCUGCGUGUCCGUGGGUGGCUCGUCUGUGACCGCUGCAGAAGACGAUCAGCAUGAAGGAACCUUCAAGACGCAAAGCAGCAACCGCUACUCUGCGCCAGCAAACUUCUACCGGGCCACGCCCACUUCCAGCUCCGACGUCACCCCACGCCACAUUCCUCGGGCGCAGACCAUCGAUACUCCCACCCAUCACUACUACCAGUACUCCGCUCACCUGUGCUCUGACUCUGCAGAUGAGGACAGCAGCAGUGUGGCCCCACCCCCAGCUCACCCUGCUCCCCCAGCUCACUCCCUGUCUGAGCACAGUGGAAGUGACCUCAUGAAGAGGGCGGUGGCCUUCCUGCGGCGUUCAGGUCGGAGCAAAAGUGAGCAGAGCUCCGAUUCGACAAGCCGACAGCCCGUGGCCGUGAAUGGUCAUGCCCCUUCGCCGUCUGUGGGACACGCCCACUCGUCUUACAUCAGCAGUGACAAUGACUCUGAGUUUGAGGAUGCAGACAUGAAGAAAGAACUUCAAAAACUCAGAGAAAAACACAUGAAGGAGAUCUCUGAGCUGCAGGCCUUCCAGAGAAGUGAAAUUGAGCAUCUGUAUAAGGAGCUUGGCAAAGCUCUGCCACCCAAUGUUGGUCUACUACAUGCUGCACCCCCCAGUGGUCGCAGGCGCAGGGCCAGUAAACACAAACUGAAGGCGGGAAAACUGCUCAAUCCAAUGGUGCAGCAGCUCAAAAACAACCUUAACGCCGCUGCCGAGAGAAAAGGUGAGAGUUGUGCCAGUUCAUCCAGCUCUCCUGCUAAAAGCUCGGUUCUGUCAGACGGCUCUGCCCACUCCAGUGCCAGCUCCAGCUCCUGCAAUCAGCUGAGCGGCGCUCCAGAACAGGUCCACACCCAGCAGCCCUGCUCCCUGAAGGGCUCCUUCUCCACAGACAACAUCUACUCUGGACGCCAUGGGGACAGGGUGGCCAAUCAGGCAGGCGCCUGCCAAGGCUGGACGGUUUACCACCAAACGUCAGAGAGAGUCACCUAUAAAUCUAGUAGCAAACCACGCACUAGAUUCCUCAGUGGACCUGUGUCUCUGUCCAUCUGGUCCACUCUGAAACGACUAUGUCUAGGCAAAGAGCGCAGUAGUAGGUCUUCUCUUGGCACCACUUCUCAGCCAGCCUCCAGUCAGGCACAGCCACCACUCACCACAGCUGCUCCCUCACAGACUCCUCAGCCAAUCACACGACUUGCUCAAGUCCAGACCAACAACAGCAACAAUAAGAGAGGCACAUUUACGGACGAUCUCCACAAGCUGUUGGAUGACUGGACAAAGGAGACUGUUGCUGCAGCCAAUCAACCACGAUCCUCUUUGAACCAGAUGAAGCGGCAGCAGAAACUGGAAUGCAAAGCACCACCUAUGGGAGCAGCCGCACAUGAGACGGAGUCCCAUGGUGCUCCCACCAAGCUCCAUCUGCCUCUCUCCUGCCCACUGACUGCUGCUUUAGGUCCUGGCAUGACCACAACCUUAGCCCCCAACUCGUCAACCUUGCUUCCUCCUGGGUACCUUCUCCCCUCAGGCUCCUAUGGUGGGAUGGUUCCCUGUCCUCUUUACUCUCAGCAGUGGCCCGGCAUGCCUAGUCCCGUAGGGUCCAUUGGUCCUGUCGGCCUGCUUGGUGCUGCAGGAAUGAUGCCCUAUGCCAAAAUGGCACACCCGGGGAUUCCAGCCUACCCUCUGGUCAUGCACAACCCAGAGACUGGCCCCUGUUCGAAAACCACUAGGACUACUUAAUCUGCUAACGAAGAAUUAGAAGUGUCUAUAGGCAGGAUGAUUCAGCAUCACUUUAUUCACCAGAGCCACGCAUGUACAUAAUCUGACAUUGUAAAUAACAGAGUGUUGAUAUUCUUUAUACAACACAUACAUGUAGUAAAGUGUGUGCGUGCGUGUGUAUACUCUACAGUACAUGUUGACAAAGCGAGUCUGACCCGUGCUUUUGGCUUCAGUCUUGCCUAAACUCGGCCAUACAAACCUUCUGUCUGCAGUCAUUUUCAAAAUGUUUCACUACAUUCUUUAUUACUGUGGUUUAAAGUACCAGUGGUUUGAGAUACAGUUAAGAGGGGGCAGUAUUUCUGUUGAAAGUAUUUAAAGGAGUGUAGUGCCUUGAACAUCGCGUCUUCUCCCCAUCUCUGGAACGACGCACGUCAGCUUCUUUUACUUGCGGGUAAACAUUCGAGUGCAUUACAGACACUUGUUCUUUUGGUUUACAUGCCCUUGUAGUACUGCACUAUUAACACAUGCUCUUAUUCAAAUCAUCAUAAUCAUGUUUUACCCUUGUUUACUUUGCACCCGUGACAGAUGGAAUGCCAUAGUGGUGACAUUACCGUUGCCAUGCAGAAACAAAUGGUUAGUGUUGGACUGCUGGGAAAAGGAGAAACGAAAUUACGCCAGCAGCCAAAACUCACCGUCAGGUCAAUAGGUUCCAUCGGACACAGUCUGGUACUGAUGGGACAUGAGAUGCAACGACCCGUGCAAACGUUGGCAGAGUUGUGUCCAGAGCCAUAUAUACUGUAAAUAGUUAUGUCUCUGGUUCUUUUCUGAUAAGAAUGUAGCAGCUAAUAUGUGAAGGCUUGAGGCUUAAAAGUGCAAUUUAUCCCCUCCACAAAGCUUUGACGUGGCCUUGUCACAAGCCUUAUCUGCAGUGUGCAACAGGAGCACGACAAAUAUAUGAACAAAGACACAAAUCACCCAGCCACAGAUAGACGACCAGGCAAAGUAGAAACACAAACCACCCAGAAAACUGAAUUCCCUACUGCUAAAUGUUUUCAACUGGCUGUUGAGUCGGCCCACGCUGUAUGUGAAAGGUUCUGUGCUGUCGCCAGUUAUGUUUUUAACUUAUUUGAUGUUGAUGCUGAAACUUUUGUUCCUAAUGCUGCUACUGACAGGUGAUUUCACUGUACAGGUGAUUGUGUUUUCUUAGGGUGGUACUAAAAGAUGUGACUUCUCCAAUUAAUCUUUCAGACGGGAAGCUCAGAGCAGUGUUAUUGCCUUGUUUGUUUCUAAGGUUGAUUUUAAUAACAGCCUUCUUUCUGUCCAUUGUCUUUUCAGUAAUAAAAUUCAAUGAUACUUGAUGUGGGAGUUUUGCACAACAUAUACUCUCCCUGGGUUCGAACCUGAUCACUACAUCGUGUACAUAGUGGGUCUCAGCUACUUUUUUAAUCACAAGCAUGGCCAACGUUUCAUGUUUCACAAAGCAAAGACCAACGAAAUAGCUACUGUGGUUAGAAACGUCACAUUCACAACGCAUUGAAGAUGUUGCAGCUCCCCUCGAUCCUGCCAAGCUGUGAACUGUACAGUUUUCUUGUUUAUAUUUGUACAUUUUGUUUGACUGCUUUGAUGUACAUGAUUCCAUCAAUUCGGUUUGAAUUGGACUUUUCUAGAUAAUAUGCAGAGUCUUCUGCUUUUGGUGAAAUACUUCCAGUAGUAAGAGACUUCUGUUCUCUGUUACUUGUUGCUAACUCAUUGAACAGAGCAGGGAACCGCUAUUCUUGGCAUAUUUGGGUGCAGUGAUUAAAGGAGUGUUGAUGUGAUGGGGAGUCCUGACACCUCCCACCACUGCUUAUCUCACCUCUUUCUGGAAAAUGUUGCCCCCUGGUGAAUCUGCUCUGUUUAAAGCUCGUGUUUAAACUCCGUGGGGUCGCUUUGCCUGCUGUAUGUCCCACUGCAUCACCCCAGAAUACCCAGCUGCACUCGAAUCACAAGCUGUAUGUUGACAGAGGAAUAAAUAUUAUUUUGUGCUUGA